AUGGUGUCACUCAAGUUCACUCUGUCCCCCGAGGCAUCCGUCAAGAUUCAUGAUGCCUUGUUGUGUCUAACCAAGUUCAGUGAGUCGGUCUCAAUCGAGGCGCGUCAAGACAAGCUGUCUCUUACCGCGUUGAACUCUUCCAAGUCCGCCUACGCUUCAGUGUCACUUGAGGCAAGCCGAUUCUUCUCCAGUUACAGUUGUGUCCCAAGCCAAGGCAGUACUGAGGGGCGCUUCACCUGCCGCUUGUACAACAAAGCGCUGCUAUCGGUCUUCAAGGGGCGUGUCGCCGAUGCGCGAGGGCGGGAGUCUGCUAUUGACAGGUGCGAGGUCAGCGUGCAGGAGCGUCCGGAUGAAGCCGAGUGUCGCCUUGUGGUGAAGAUGGUGCACAAUCAAGGUGUGACGAAGACCUACAAGCUGACUUACGAGUCUGUUGAAGUAAUGCAUGCGCUGUUCGACAAGAACAUGGCGCAAAACCGGUGGAAAAUCCACUCGGGAUGUCUCAAGGAGUACAUCGAGUAUUUUGGGCCAAAAACGGAGCAACUGGACAUCUACUCAGAGGACGGCCGAGUCACAUUCAUGAGCUUCACCGAGAAGAUCUCAGACGGCAAAAAUAUACUGAAGCACCCUCUACAGACAGCUGUCUCAGCCAGCACAGCAGACUUUGAAGAAUUCAGCGCCCAAGAAAAGCUACAUAUCGUAAUCAGCGUCAAAGACUUCAAGGCCAUCGUCACACAUGCUGAUAAUCUCCGGGCCGAAAUAAGCGCCUGCUAUUCUCAACCUACUCGGCCGCUGCAGUUCUCCUACGGCGGUGAGGGCAUGCACUGCGAGUUUACUUUGAUGACGGCCGGGGACUAUAGAGGCACUCCUGCACCAGCUCCAAGCCAUGCAGUUGCUAGCAGAUCGAUUUCAAGAGCACAGUCGACGGCAAGCGCACGAACUGACAAUCAUCCGGCACCAGUUGAAAUGCCGCCUCCGUCGGAAGCAGGAUCGAGAGUCUCAACUCACAGGAACAAAGUCCCAGGAUCCACCAGGCCGCCCGCUUCAUCAAAUCUGCAGCGGCUGCAGUCUGAUCCGGAACCGCUUUUCGUUCCCUUGGAAGAGGAAGACCGUCGUUGGGAUCCAGCAGUCUUUAGGGACGAGGAGGAAACCCUUGGGUGGGAUGCCAGCGCGGACAACGAUAACGCCCCUCAUCACAUUUUCCGCGACACGGCUCCAGCAGCCAGAUCUGCAACUGACGAUAAUACGGAGGGUCUAGCGCCAACGCAGAGGGUCUCUCAGAUCCGAGGACUGUGGUAG